AUGUCCAACUGCAGCUCCAUAAACGAGUUCCUCCUCCUGGCGUUCGCAGACACACGGGAGCUGCAGCUCUUGCACUUCUGGCUCUUUCUGGGCAUCUACCUGGCUGCCUUCCUGGGCAACGGCCUCAUCAUCACCACCAUAGCCUGUGACCAGCACCUCCACACCCCCAUGUACUUCUUCCUCCUCAACCUCGCCCUCCUUGACCUGGGCUUCAUCUCCACCAUUGUCCCCAAAUCCAUGGCCAAUUCCCUGUGGAACACCAGGGCCAUUUCUUAUGCAGGAUGUGCAGCCCAGCUCUUUCUGUUUGUAUUUUUCAUUUCCUCGGAGACUUAUCUGCUCACCAUCAUGUCCUAUGACCGCUACAUUGCCAUCUGCAAACCCCUGCACUACUGGACCCUCCUGGGCAGCAGAGCUUGUGUGCACAUGGCAGCAGCUGCCUGGGCCAGUGGGUUCCUCACUGCUCUGCUGCACACGGCCAAUACAUUUUCACUGCCGCUCUGCAAGGGCAAUGCCCUGGACAAGUUCUUCUGUGAAAUCCCCCAGAUCCUCAAGCUCUCCUACUCACACUACUACCUCAGGGAAGUUGGGCUUCUUGUGUUUAGUUCCUGUUUAGUUUUCAUCUGUUUUGUGUUCAUUGUGGUGUCCUAUGUGCAGAUCUUCAGGGCCGUGCUGAGGAUCCCCUCUGAGCAGGGACGGCACAAAGCCUUUUCCACGUGUCUCCCUCACCUGGCUGUGGUCUCCCUGUUUAUCAGCACUGGUGUGUUUUCUCACCUGAAACCCCACUCCAUCUCCUGCCCCUCCAUGGAUCUGGUGCUGGCAGUUCUGUACUCGGUGGUGGUUCCAGCAGUGAACCCCCUUAUCUACAGCAUGAGGAACCAGGAGCUCAAGGAUGCCCUGUGGAAAGUGAUGAUUGUUCAUUUCUCAGAAGCAGUAAUGAACUGA